CAAAACAGAAACCAAAAGAGAAAUAGCAGGAAAGAGAAAACAAGACAAGAGAGACAUGUCCAGCGUGAGUCAGACCGAAAGACACUUAAAAAUAGAGUGAGAGAAAUAAUAAAGAGAAAGAAUCAGAGGGGGAGGAGGCGAAAAAGAUUAGAUACAAGACCGAAGGGGCCUGUGGAAUAUACAAGAUUGAGGAAAGCUGCUAAUGGCGUCUAGAGGGGUGCUAAUGAUUUUCCCAGCUGUGCUUAUACAGUAUUGUGGUGACUGGGAAAUUAACUCUAACAUCCAACCCACUUCAGAAUAUAAACAGCACUUCCUUCCCAAGCCACCACCCGGCAAGCAUGUCUCUACUAGUGUUUUGUUAGUUUUUUUUUUUUGUUUUUUUUUUAUUGUUUUAUGGCCUGGAGCCAUGGAACUAUCAUGGGGCAGCUCCACCAUCCCCUAUGUUAAUCUGCCCCUGAAUAAAGCCAAUUCCUUAUUAAAUACCCCAGAGUUCUGGGUAAUAAUUGUAUCAUUCCAACACAUUUCCUUAGCUAAAAAAUAUGUAUUAUAUUGUUUGAAGAAUAUCUGUGUUUGAGAAUUGCUAUGUGGAUUUAAAUUGUAAACCUUUUAGACUUUUACCACUGUAAUGGAAUUCUUUAAAAUGACUAAAUCCUCUCUCCAAGAUUUCGUGAUGUUUGUACAGUACAUUAUAGACAACACGAGUACUAAAAUAACAUAGAGCAUAAACCUACAUGGCAACAUUAGGAAACAUUUUGCUGUUGAAUUUUGAGUCAUCUUGAGUGGACGCUGUUGGUAUUUAGUUUUUAUAAACAUCCUCUAUGUAAACAUUUGUAAGGAUCUUCCCAUUAACCUCUGUGUACUUUAUCCUGAGACGUCAAAAAUAGUUUCUGAAAACUUAAUCUGUGUCUAGGAUCAAGGACGUUUCAUAAGUUUCUGGUUCCUGAAAAAACUACAUUUGGUCUAUUGUCUAAAAUUCAAUAAAUAAGGGUCACGUUUUAAAGUAUUCCAUUGUUUGUUUAGUAUAGAUUUAAUCUUGUAAUAAACAAUGGAUUUUCAUUUUUCAUUCUGUUUUAGUUUUGUUUUUUUUCCGAUCAUUUGGCUUGUAAGUGCCUGCUAUUGAAUUAUUCCACAGGAAAUCCAUAAUGUGAUUUUGGUUAUAUUAAUUAUCUUCAAUUUUAACAAUGUUUGCUUUCCAGUGUAAUCCAUGCUUAUGUGACUGUUGUCAUUUCUUCAAAACCUGUUUUUUUUCAUUAUGCAUUAUGUAUUUCAUAGUUCUUAUGAAAAAGGACACUUUAAGCUCCAUAACCACAAUUCACUAUAGUGGUUAUGUUGGCCAGAGGUCCCUGGUACAGUCACACAGUUAUGUGUCAAAUCAUUUUUAAAUUGUUUGAUACUUACCUGGGUCCCUUGGGCACCAGCAGUUAGCCCAUCUUCAUAGAUAUCACUAAAUUGUAAGUUACUAUUUCUACGUUAGUUUAACAAUUCCAGCCUUCUUUAGACAGAAUUCAAUGGUCGUGUGUGUAAGCUGAUCCUACUCAGCCAAUGAAUUAUGUACAAAGUUGGACAAAAUUGAUAUACUAAAUCAGAAAGGUAACAUUGGGAAGAAAGUCUGGAUUGUGGGCACCAUUGGACCCAGGUAAGUGUCAAACUGUUUGAAAAUCACAGGACGGUGCCAGAGGUCUCCCAGUACCAUAACCACUACAGUGCACCAUAGAAUAUUUACAUUGACUGUUAUGCCCAUGCAAAUGCUGUUUUAGAAUAAUCAUUAAACAUAGCCAAAGGCAAACAUGACAUAUAUCACAGUGACUUUCAGCAUGAUGAGGAUUUAGCAGAAGAUAUGUUCAAUGAAAAAAAUAGACAUUUAUUCUCUUUAAACUCUCCAAUAUUUCCACUGACCAAAAGGGACUCUUGCAGGAAUGAACUAUACCAGAACAUUUUAGGUGACUUGAACAGAUAGCUAUUUAUGUAACCAAGAAGUAUAAUAAACAACACAGUUUUAAUUACACUAUUUAAUGUCAAAACAUUUUCACUAUAAUUAAAAGAUAAGCUACUCUGUGUUUUAUUACUAUGAGACUAAUGACACCAAGAUUACUUAGGUGAUAUCACACAGGUACAAUAUGAAUUGCACUUAGAGCCAUGCAGCACAUUGAAGCCUUCAACCACAGAAUGCUGAAUCCAUAAGUAUUUUUAAGGUUCCUUACAGUCAUAUUUCUUCAGGAUCCUGAAAUACGGGUCCAACAUUCCUCAAUAGUGUAUAAUCAUCACCCUAGGAAAGACAGCCUAUCGGUUUUUAUUGUUAUACAUUUUACAGCUGUUUUAUAUCAUGUCCUUCUAGAUCUUCUCAUUUGAUGUUAUCGGAACUUCAUGCAAGAUCUGAUGCAAUGUUAUUGAUUUCAUCACAGAAUGAGCCGUGGAAAGGACUUCUGACCUGGAAGCGAGAUGAGAAGCUUAGAAACAAGGCUAUGUUUUCUGUAUGGUAAUUAAACUAAGAAUAAUAUUUUAUAAAAAGGAAUCAUUUAGCACACAGUCUAUGGGAGUUGCUUUUAAAGGAACACUUGAAGCUAAAUGUGAUGUUAUGUUGCUUUGAGUCCUGUGGCGUCAUCUCAUAGUUUAAAUAUAAAACUGAAUUUAAAAAAAGAGGUAAAAGUCUGAUAAGAUGCAAACAAGUCAGAUACCAAUGUGUGUAAUGUUACAUGCUCUAACAAACAUAUCCUGCCCUUCUGUAAAUCACAUGGCACGAGUGUUGUGAAUUGGCUUUUGCAUAAGCCUAUAGUGUCAUACUACCGCAUUCCUAACAGUGCAAAAAUAAAGAAUUUUAAAAAAUAAAAAAUAUAUUAAACUGAUUAGGAACAGUUUAUAUAAACUGGGGCUCUUCAUGGCCAGUUCUGGAGAUGGGUUAGAGUAAAUUACAUUUCAAACUCUUCUUAAAUGGUUGAAACCAGAAAAAACCUCUAUAACAGAGGGAAUGUGUUACCAAAAACGGUGCUAAAGUGCCACAACAACAACAUAACAGCUGCUCUACACUUCUGUGUGGGAUACCCGCUUUCCCACACACCACGAGAAUGAAGUACUUUUUAAGAGAUAUAGGAUAUUCCUAUAUCUACAGUGGAGCGUUAAAAGUGAAUACAUAAAAACAGGGGGGGGUGAGGGGGGGGGCAGGGACUUACCCCGUCUACAUAUAAGUUCUACAGAAGGUAAUAUCUAGUGCAUACAGAACAGAACAAACAGGAGGAACUAGAUAUAGUACAGAUGGUAUUGGAUCACAAUAAUGUAAAGUGCUUUGAGAUUGGGUCACUCACAUGUAAUGGAGCCUAUAUAAAUGGGCUCCGUAUAUAGGGCGGCUGUGCUUUUAGGGCGGCACCAUACCACUUCCUUAAGGAUAUUCCCUCCAGUGAAAAUAAAAGAAAAAAGUAUCCAAUGUGUAGUAAGUCCAAUAUAAAAACUGUAAGAUAUUUGUAAGAUAUAUUGCUCACCUUUUAAAGAGCCUUACAAUCCCAGCUCUAGGGUAUACAGGUGUGAUGCCAAUAUAUAGGGGAUGGCACUUUCCCAAUGAAGAGGCUCCAAAAGGACUCUUAAAAAUACUAGUAUAUUUAGUAACAAUAAUAAAAAGCACAAUCUAAAAACAUGUAAAUCUGUAUAUAAAAUGUAUUAAAAAGGCUCCUUAUAGCAGCCAAACCACGUUUCACUCUUUUCCAGAGCUUCUUCACAGCUGACUGAAGAAGCGCUGGAAAAGAGCAAAACGGGUUUUGGUUGCUAUAAGGACUUUAUCCAAUGUUCAAACAUAGGGCAGCAUUAUAAGGGGUUAUGUGCAUAUGCUCCACUCGCAGACUGCAAGUAUAGGUUGUUUGCUCUAGAACAACUAGAUUAAGAUGUAGUGGUUCUGGUGUUUAGAGUGUCCCUUAAAGCUGUUGGACAGAGCAAGGAACUAUAUGCAACCUAAACAUUACAUUGAGGUUUAUGUGGAUGAAUCAGAACAAUGAGUAUAUGGAGAUAAAUGAAUGUGAAACCUUUUUCAAUUCAGAUAUUCUAGAAAAUAUUAACUCUUUCUCAUUUUCCACAGUUUGUGUGAUCUUCCAUAGAGCAGAGGUGAGUAUGAAAUCUGUGGAUUUAAACCAGCAUCCUGAACCGGGCUCUCCUCUUUCCGACAACGAGUACAAGGAAUUCUGGGAGCUUUUCAACCCCGACUGGAAAGCUGAGGAACUGUGUGAACUUCGACAGAACUUUGGUUGCAAUGAACCCAGGGUCCUUCGCAUCGACCUUUUUGAGAACCAUGGUCAUAUCCCAAAUGGUAAGUUUUCAAAUGCUAUUACAUAGAAAGAGAGAAAGAGAAUGACAUGAACCAUUCUAAAUUAUCUAUAUUCUUGAACUUUUAAUGUUCAGAAAUACAGAUGUGCUUAGUAGAUUUGAUUUAUGGCUGUGAAUACUGUGGGUAUAUAUCGGUGUGCUCUUUGGAAUAGUUAUCUGACUGCAGCAUAUACCAUUGGCAUUCAUCAAUAUCAUCUGUAUAAUAGAAUUCUGCUUUAUAUAACGUGGGUAUAUUGUUCUGACAAUAUACACUGUGUAUACGUUUUAGGAAUGAUUUGCACAGAGUUGGACACAAUCCCACCCUUUGAUUCGUUCUGCAGUUUUGCCAAGUUUCGAUGCUCUCACAGACAAUUCUUUCUGAAGGUAAAAGCAUCUAACGACAUGAUAGAGAGGUUACUUUUAUUGAUAAAAGUCAAACACGUGGAAUGGGAAUCACUGGAAAAGGUUUUGUGAUAGUGUAACUGGCAGGUUAGAGAAUGUUGCCAAAUGCAAAUGGAGAUCCUCAGGGCUAUUCACUAUAGUAAAAAUUGUUGGUAGUUCAAGGUGAAUUUCAAAUGUAAAGCUAAUGUAGCAUAACUGAAAGCAUAAUUAACCUGGAGAUUUUUUAUAAUUUUGGCCUUAAAUUUGAAAAUCACUUUGAAUCAGUGUUAAUUUUGUCGACUUACAAUUUUGGUCAAAUUUUAGUUAUCUCUAAUUUUUUAGAUUUAGUCGACUAAAACUAGACUUAAACAAAAACAAUUCAAAUGAGUAAAAUACGACUAAAACUAAAAAAAUUUUAGUCAAAAAACUAUGACUAAAGCUGAAUUGAAGUUUGCCACCAAAAUUAAAACUGCACAGAGGGGUCUUUGGAAGGGGUAAAAGAGACAGACCAGGGCUUGGGAGAGAGACACCUAGAGGGGCAGAAAGGACACAAAGAGACACAAAGAGGCUGGGAAAGGGGCAAAAGCGACAGACCAGGACUUGGGAGAGAGAAACCUAGAGGGGCUGAGAGAACACAAAGAGACACAGAGAGGCUGGGGAAGGGGCAAAAGAGACAGACCAGGGCUUGGGAGAAAGACACCUAGAGGGGCUGAGAGGACACAAAGAGACACAGAGUGGCUGCUGAAGGGGCACAAGAGACAGAUAGAGGCUUUAACUAAACCCGUUAGACCUUGGUCAUAUCGGCUAAAAUCUACUGGAGAUUUAUUAGAGUAAAACAAUUCAGAUGAUUAAAAUAGGCCUAAAACUAAAAUGGCUUUUUAGUCAAAAGACUAUGACUAAAACUAAAUUGAAAUUUGCAGCCGAAAUUAACCCUGCUUUGAAUUCUUGACAAUUCUCACAGUAGUGAAUAACUCAGUAAGCGAAAGAAGGCGCAAAAGUUAAUUGUGGCGGAUAUAACGGAGGACAAAUCACAAAUGGAAUCUCAGAGAAAGGAGAUCUAGCGUAAAUUGUAGCUGAGGGGACAUAGACACAAUGGCGAGUUAGUGGAUAGAUACCGAGAAGUGGGGUAAGCAGGUGAGAGAAUUUAGAUACAUAGAAAAUGGCAAGUGACAGAAUGGAGAAGUGAUUACAUAUGAUAUGAUACAAUACAAUACAGGAGUAUACUGUAGGUCUAGCAUUACAAGGAUAAUAAAUUGUGUGUAAACUAUGUUUGAGAGAAAUGGAUUACAAGAUAGCUGAGAGUACAGAGAAAUGGGGUAAAUAAUUUAAAUUGGGGCUUAAAUAAUGGAAAUGCAGGGUAAUGGCUGAUGUGGUGUAAAUGGAAAAUAAAAACUCUAGAUAAUUGGAGGCUAUAAGAGAGACAUGCAAAGAUAUUGUAAGUUAUAGGGUAUUGUAGACCUUAGUUACAGAGUUAUAACUGUUAAAAGAACAGAGACACAAAAUAAAUUAUCUGUAUGAUAACAUAGUUGAGCAUUUUGGAGAAUGGUGGUUGUGAGAGUCAUUGUGUAAAACAUGGAUGACAAGACAAGACGUAAAUGAAUGGUGAGAGGAUAGAGCAAUAAUUGGUGGGGGCUGAAAUUUGUUAUUUUUGUUUUAGAAGAUAAUGCACCUAAUGUCAGCUCCCCUUAUGCCAGCUAUGAUUCAUAGAGGAUCAGAUGUCAUACAUGGGCUAAAUACCCUUUUUAUUUCCCUCCUAUAUCAUAAUAUCCCACUUGUUGCCCCAUCCCUUUUAUUUUGCAGAGGAUCCCAUGCCAAGAGUCUCAGACCUAUAAAGAGUUUCAUGCUUUGACCCCUGGAGGUAAAUAUUUUGUAAAACUCUGUGAAGUUUUAGCCAGUGACUUGCAGUUUACCACAAUAAUAUUACAAGUUAUUUAUUAUUCAUUUUGCUAUCAGCAUGCCCUGACUUUUGUCCUUGUAAACUGUCUGUCCUGACUUUAGCCCGUCGCUAUAAAUCUCCCUUGAUCCCACAUUCGCUUGGACUCUCCCGCGAUCUCACCCUCGCACUAACCCUUCCUGAUUGCGCUCUAAUCCUCCCCUUAUCUUACAUUCACUCUAAUCCUUCACUGAUCUCACCUUUACUCUAUCCCUCCCUUGAUCUCACCCUCGCUCCCCUGAUCUCACCCUCACUCCAAUCCUCCCUGAUCUCACCCUCGCUCUAACCCACCCCUGAUCUCAUCCUCGCUCUGACCCUCCCCUGAUCUCACCCCGCUCUGACCCUCCCCUGAACUCACCCUUGUUCUAAUUCUCCCUGAUCUCACCCUCGCUCUUACUCUGCCCUGAUCUCACCCUCACUCUAAUUCUCCCUGAUCUCACCCUCGCUCUUACCCUCCCCUGAUUUUUCCCUCACUCUAAUCCUUCCUGAUCUCACCCUCGUUCUAACUCUCCCUGAUCUCACCCUUGCUCUGACCCUCCCCUGAUGUCACCCUCAAUCUGAAUCUCCCUGAUCUCACCCUCGCUCUUACCCUUCAUGAUCUAACCCUUGCUCUAACCCUCCCCUGAUCUUGAUCUAACCCUUCUUGAUCUCACCCUCACUUUGAACCUCCAAUGAUCUCACUAUCACUAUAACCUCCCUGAUCUCGCCGUAACCCUUCCCUGAUCUCACUUUCGCUCUAAUCCUUCCCUGAUCUCACCCUCACUCUGACCCUCCCCUGAUCUCACACUUGCUCUGACUCUCCCCUGACACCCAUGCUGCUAUAAGCCUGCCCUAACUCUCAGAUUUUCUUUAAGCAUGCCCUGAUUUCUACCUUUGCUAGUGUCAGUAAUUUUUGCUUUUAUUGGGAGUUAUGAUUAUAUCAAAACAUCAUUCUUAGCCCAUGUAGAUCACUUGAGGGGACCAUGGGUUUCAUAAACCGGGACUGUGAAGUGAAAGCACAACACAAGCUACAUACCCUGUGGGUAGGUACAGCCCAUGUUAAUAUAAUCAUGGUAGGUUAGUAACAGACAGCAUACAUAGAGGUAGAUACAGCCUCUAGUAAUAUAAUUACAGUUAGAAACAGACAGCAUACACUGAGGUAGAUGCGGCCUGUAUUAAUACAAUCACGGUCAGUUAGUAACAGACAGUCUGCACUGGGGGUAGAUACAACCUAUAUUAAUAUAUUUUGGUCAGGUAGUAAGAGGCAGCAUACACUGGAGUUGGUGAAGCCUGCAUUAUAUCAGAUAAUACAGUAAUUUCCCUCUUAGUAUUAAAGGACCACGAUAGUGCCAGGAAAACAUACUCGUUUUCCUGGCACUAUAGUGCCUUGAGGGUGCCCCCACCCUCAGGGACCCCCUCCCGCCCGGCUCUGGAAGGGGGAAAGGGGGAAAAACUUACCUUUUUCCAGCGCUGGGCGGGGAGCUCUCCUCCUCCCCGUCGGCUGAAUGUGCACGCGCGGCAAGAGCUGCGUGCGCAUUCAGCCGGUCACAUAGGAAAGCAUUUACAAUGCUUUCCUAUGGACGCUGGCGUGCUCUCACUGUGAAAAUCACAGUGAGAAGCACGCAAGCGCCUCUAGCGGCUAUCAAUGAGACAGCCGCUAGAGGAAAUAGGGGAAGGCUUAACCCAUUCAUAAACAUAGCAGUUUCUCUGAAACUGCUAUGUUUAUGAAAAAAUGGGUAAGCCCUAGCUGGACCUGGCACCCAGACCACUUCAUUAAGCUGAAGUGGUCUGGGUGCCUAGAGUGGUCCUUUAACAUAAGUCAAAUUUGGGAUCCCCUUCCUGAAUGCACCACACCAGAAACAGUAAUGCUUUGGACAAAAUGAUUCUGUUCGUUAAUGUAUUUAUGGUGGAAUUCCAGAGUUUGUGUUGACCAUGACACAGAAUAGCUUAGCACUGUAGAUGUAGAGAUUUGUUUGCCUAAUAUCUUUCCAUCUGUUUGUAACUCCAGCUUCUGUCUCCAUCAGCAAAGUCAUAUGUUAUCGAUGAAGAAGGUCACAUUCACGCUCAUAUUGUCAAACUGAUCCAGCUCAGUAUUAAAUUGAGUGGCGAGGAUACAUUGUUGAAGGACGCCAACAAGGCAGAUAGGUUUUUGGCAAAAAGAUCAGUAUCAAAGUAUCCUUCCAGUUGGCCAAGUGUCCCUCAAAGUACCUUUUACAAGGACCAGCAGCGAAAGAGUCUCCUGGCAUCAUUAAAAGUUAUCAACCUUAUAAAGAAACCAAAAUACUAACUUCAGUGAAGGGCACAUCACUACUGUCAAGAGCCCUUAUCUUGUGGGUAAGUAAUAGUAGAUACAUUCAUUCAACAUUGUUCUAUAUCACAAUGAGAUAUCUGAAGCUGCACUCUAUCAGAAUGAUGUUUAAUGAGAUAGCAGAAUGUCUUGCAUGACUGCACGCUAUGUGAAUAUCGGAGUCUCUCCGUGGCUGCGCUUUAUUGAAAAAAAGUCUGUCUGAGGAUGUAUUCUAACAGAAUGACACUAACCAAGACUGUACUCUUACAGAAUGACACUAUCCGGGGCUGUACUCUAACAAAGUGACACUACAGCUGUAAUCAAAAUUAUUAAAACCCCACUGAAAAUCAGGUUUAUUGUCACAAUUUACAGACUUUUAGCUGUCUGCAAUUAAAAUAAAACAAAAGCAAUUGAAAUAGAUCAACAAACUUCAAGUGGUUUCCCCAAAUUCAAAGAAAAAUGCAACUUCUAUAAUGACUUCUCCAGUCUCAAAAUUAUUCAACCCCCUGAAAAGAAUCACUCACAGAAGCACAUAUAGGCAAAACAGGGCUUCAUUAGUUGCACUAGGUAUGCUUGAGCUGGAACACUUGAAAUACCUGAACUGGCUAGGGGUUUGUUGAGUGUUACGUUUGACUGAAUGUUAGAAAUAUGGCCAAGUCAAAAGAAUGGUCCACAAAGUUAAGAGAAGAGAUCGUCACCCUUCACAAACAUGGAAUGGAAUAGGAUACAAAAAGAUAGUGAAGGCACUGAAUGUUCCUAGAUACACCUUUGAAAGCAUAGUUCGCAAGUUGAAGGAACUGUGCUUACAUUACCUGGACAUGGCAAAACAGGAAGCUAUCAAUGGCUGCAACCAGAUUUCUAAGGCAGGUUGUGAAAAACCCUUCAGUGACCGCAAAAGCCUGAAAAUAAAUUUCAGUGAGCACAGUAAGGCAUGUCCUAAAUGCAGAAGGUUUCCAUGCCACAAUUCCAAAACGUACACCACUACUGAAACGUCUGCUUCAAUAUGUUCAAAAUUAUAUAAAUAAGCCACAGAAGUUUGGGGAUUCUGUUUUAUGACAUGAUCAAACAAAACUGGAACUUUUCGGCUCAAUGGAUCAGCGGUAUGUCUGGAGGAAGAAGAAUGAAACAUACGCUAAAAAGAACACUCUUCCCACACUUAAGCAUGGUCGUGGCUCGUGAUGCUCUGGCACUUGUUUACAUCUUCUGGCAAAGGAAACCUGCAACAUGUGGAAAGCAAGAUUCAUUGAAGUAUCAGGAAAUCCUAGAAGAAAAUGCCAUGCCAUCUGUGAGGAAGCUGAAGCUUGGGUGUCAUUGGACCUUCCAUCAAGACAAUGAUCCCAAGCAUACCUCAAAUUCCACCAAGGCUUUGAUGCAGAAGAAAUCGGGAAAAUUCACAAUCACCUGACUUGAACCCCAUAGAAAAUCUCUGGUAGGGUUUGAAAAAGGUGGUUGCAGCACAUAGACCCAAGAAUAUUACUGAACUAGAGGCCAUUGCUCAUCAACAACAAGCUAAGAUUCCUCAGGAACACUGUCAGCAGCUGGUGUCUGGCUAUGCAUUUUGUUUACAGUAGGUCAUGAGGGCAAAAGGAUGCUCUACUAAGUACUAAAGAUGCUUGCCAUAAAGGGAUUGUAUAAUUUUGAGACUUGAGAAGUCACUCUAUAAUAAUAUCUCUGAGCUUCACACUAUCAUAAUGUCCCUUUUAGGACGUACUGUAUCUGUCUAAGGUCACACACUCUCCAAAUAUCACUGCCCAGAGGUGCUGCUUUAAACCUAUUAGAGGACGUUGUGUAUCUGUUUACCCCUUCAGGGCUAAGACUCUUUUAAGUAAUAAACUACCAGUGUCCAUUAUGGGAGUAUUGUAACAGUCUCUAAUAAAUUAUAGAUAAAUGUAUCCCUAGUGAAAAUUCUUGGGAAUGCAGAUGGCCACAUUACUGUAUUUAGAGACGCAUUGUGCCCAUGACCAGGAAAGCUGAUCUAAUAUUCCCCUCUUCAAUGAACUAGAAGGCUAAACAGUACAGUCACCUCAUCGGAAAAAAUAUAAAUGCAUGUUCUGGGCAUUUACAAUCUCACUCUUGUUAUUUAACAGAACUGUGGAAUUGUAUCUGUGAAGACGUUUUACCUCUCUUGUAGAUUAAUUCUGUUACCUAUUAUUUAAUACAUGUUUAUAAAUACUAAUUUUCAUGCAAAAUGUAACGUGUGGAGAGACACUUAAUAUACCCACUACCACAAUUAAGGGUGCUAUUCCAAAAAGGUACUCCCUCCAAUACCAAUAAAGUAAAUACUCAAAAGAAAGGAAUGCACACCAUCUGAUACAAUAGUAUCUAUCUAUAUAUAUUUAUUACAAUACAAAUACAAGCCAUACAUACAAAAUGUAACAAUAUGACAGUGACCAAAUAAGCUAAACAAUUAUAUUUACCAAAUUCCACAAGCCUAUAUGGGCAGAAACACGAGUCACAAACAAUCCCCCAACGUUUUGGCUCCUCCUAGUAGCUACCCUUGAUAAAGGCUACCAGGAGGAGCCUAAACGUUGGGGGAUUGUUUGUAACGCGUGUUUCUGCCCAUAUAGGCUUGUGGAAUUUGGUAAAUAUAAUUGUUUAGCCUAUUUGGUCACUGUCAUAUUGUUACAUUUUGUAUGUAUGGCUUGUAUUUGUAUUGUAAUAAAUAUAUAUAGAUAGAUACUAUUGUAUCAGAUGGUGUGCAUUCCUUUCUUUUGAGUAUAAAUACUAAUUUGACAGCUAGUAUAUAGGGAAAUGGCAGCCUAUGUUCUAGGUAACCUGUGACAUAUUGUGUGGAAGCAGUGUGGGAGAGGUAAUGCUCUGCAGUGCGACUUUCACACUGAAAGGGGGCUACAGGCAGUACCGUUAUAAGGGGUCCGGUCCAUGUCAGGGGCCCCACAUGGGGCCUUGUAAUGCUUAGUGAUGGUUGAGGAUAUAAUUAUGUGUUCCUUUGAGAUGCAUAUCCACCUAGCAAAAGUGAGUGGGUAUAUAGCAGCCUCCCAGACAGACCGUUUCCUCUAAGAAAAGUUUGUGCUGAGCUCACACGCAGGACACUAGUUCUUAGCCAAUAAGGUGAUCAAAACCAACAUGCUCAGACCUCAGAUUUAAAAUGGCAACGUUUCUGGAGGACACCAUCUCGGUGUCUGCCACUGAUUUGAUGGAUGCCUCUCCUAAAGGCAACCUCCUAAACGUUAAAAGGCUCCAUAAGGUAGCCUUUCUUGCCACCAAUCAGUCCUCCUCUUCUUCUGAAGAGGUGGUCCAAGUUAGAGAGAAAAAAACUUAAUAAAUGUUUCCACUCCUCUUCUGAAUCUUCUAAAGAAAAUCUUCCAGUUUCUUCAUCCCCUCCAGCUUAUAUAAGCAAAAAGUCAGUUGAAGGGACAGGGACACAAUAAAAAUAAGAGCUUGUUUCGCUAGUUUGAAUAGGAAAAUCAAACUUCCAUUAGAAACAUUAGAAAUAAGACUCGGAGCCAAAGUAGUCCCUCAUCUGAGUAUUCUAGCUUCUUUUGAGAGAGGGAAGAUAAGCAGUUUACAAAUGGCCAGAGUUAAUUUAUUGAACAAGAAUCUUCCUUUAAAGCUUUUUAACCCUAGAUGGGCCCUAAAUUCCGACUCUAAGGUUAGAGAUUUUGCUAAGCUGGCCUUUAGAGCUCCUUUGGUAAAGGAGGAUGAUUUACUUCUGAGAAAUGAUAUUGAUAUCCUGGAUAUACAGACAAUGUUAAUUCCUGAAGUGGUCCCGGCUUUGCUUUCCAUUACUGGUAAUAAUGUUUCUACUGAUUCAGUGGACCAGAUUUUGCAUAAUGUCCAACUCAAAAUUGCAGACACAAUGUGUCCGCUGCUUUUGAUGCUUGAUAAAGGAGAGAAAGAAAAGGAACUACAGAAUACAUUUAUUUCAGUCCUUAUGACCUUUAAUUAGCGUUACUGAAGGCUUCAAGCAUGGCUGUUUUAAUUAUUGGAGAGACCUUCAAUUACAUCACCAACAUUAGAAGAACUCGAUGGAUUCAGGCUGCGGGCAUGUUUGACUUACCUCCAAAGACACAUGAAUUUCCUAAUUUGAAAGACUCUCAUUUAUAUAUAAGGUGAAAAAGACGUUAUAAAGCAAGGCAAUCAUUUGCAUAGCUUAAAGGAUCACUAUAGGGUCAGGAAAACAAACAUGUAUUCCUGACCCUAUAGUGUUAAAUCCACCAUCUAGCCCCACUGGGUCCCUCAUGCCUCCAUAAAUAUAUCUUACUGUAUUCAAGCUCGAAGCUCCCGGCUCUGCCCUGUCUGCCUCAGAAAAACAAGCUGUCUGCUGACAUCAGCAGAAGUGGUGGCCUGAUCCAAUCACAGUGCUUCCCCAUAGGACUGGCUGAGACUGACAAAGAGGCAGAUCAGGGGCAGAGCCAGCAUGAUUCAAACACAGCCCUGGCCAAUCAGCAUCUCCUCAUAGAGAUGAAUGGAAUCAAUUAAUCUCUAUGAGGAAAGUCCAGUGUCUGCAUGCAGAGGGAGGAGACACUAAAUGUUUGGAUGCAUUUUAGGCAGCCAUGACCCAGGAAGGAUCUCUAACAGCCAUCUGAGGAGUGGCCAGUGAAAUUAUCACUAGGCUGUAAUGUAAACACUGCAUUUUCUCUGAAAAGACAAUGUUUACAGCAAAAAGCCUGAAUGAACUGAUUAUAUUCACCAGAACAAAUACAAUAAGCUGUAGUUGUUCUGGUGACUAUAGUGUCCCUUUAAAAAGAUUUUUUUCUGGAUCCAGAUGGUCCUUUCGGUCCGAGGGUCAUUUCUACUGGGCUGCAGAAAUAUCCCGUGAUUUAUCCCACCAGGCCAAUAUGGCCACCAAGCAGAAAGAAAUUUAGUCCAGGAGAGAGUAAACCUUCCAAUUCAAGUAAUCAUUCCAGGUUUACUCUGAAGAAACAUCAUCACAGACAAGAAUUUUACAAAAAGGUUUACAACUUCCUCUUUUGAGAUUUCCAAUAAAGUGUCACCCAGUUAUAUGAGAGGUGAACAGAGUUUUAAAUUAUUCUCUUUACCAAGCCUUAGCUCGGGGAAAAAUAUAAUUAGCAGACCUGCCAGUUUUCAAUGUGUGUGUGUCUGUCAAAGUGUGUGUUUGUCAGUGAGUGUGUAUGUGUAUGAGGAAUUCGUAUUUUAACUAAAUCGGGCUACAUUAAAAAAAACUCCUAAGGACCAAUAUAUAGGCAGAAAUUAUACCACAUACCUCCAUAAACAAUUUACCACUAAUAGAUGAGUACAAACAAGAAGUAAAAUAUUAUAAAAAUGAAAAUAAAUUGCAUAAAAAGGAUAUAAAGCACAUCAAAAUGUCACAAUGUAUGCCUAAACUCUAUGGAAAGAAAAGGAACCUUAAAACCUAAAAACUUUAUCAUACAUACUAGAUAUAAUGUUUACUAAAUAAAAUGCAUAAUAUUAUAUACUAUUAUGUUCCAUGUUACUCUUAAAGGGAGGCAAAAAAACUUUACACCUUGAUCAUGCUCCAUUAGAACUUGAUUUGGUCCAUUAUUAUUCUGAUCAAGGCUUAUGCCUGGUUCACUCCCUUCAGUCAUAUCUCAAGUUAUCAGCUUAGUGUAGGUAGAUUAUUUCCAAGCCCUUUAUCACGUACAGGAAUCCUCAUCAGCAUGUGAAGGUAAAAUUAACUCUGUUCGAGGAUGAAUUCUCUGUGCCAUGAGUUCUGCAGAAAUUGAAACAUCUAUUUUUGGGGGUCAUUCUAUUAGGCGCUCCUACCUCCAAAGCAGCGACGAGGGGUCUUUCUCUUCCUAUAAUUUUAAAGGCUGCUCGGUGGUCUUCUUGUAAAACCUUUAUUAAGUUCUGUUGGAGGCAUUCUGAAGUAGAUCAGUAUCUCAGGUCUACCACCAGGUGUGUGCUAUUCUACCCACUAUCCUUUGCUAGGUGGGUAUGCAUCACAGAGGGACAAAGCAGAGCUUGUAGGAAUCUAUGACCGACAAACUUUCUUUGUCCUUGGGAUAGGCAUAACCACCUAAUAAGUGUGCACAUUCCUCCAUGUGCAUUGAAAUUUUGCCUAGUGGUGACUUCUGAAAGAUAUAUAUAAUUUGUUUUAUAGAGAUAUGUAUAAAUAUAUAUAUUUUUUCAACAGGCUAUGUGUUAUGAAAUUAAUUCACUUUUUUUCCUUUUUGUUUGUUUCCAGAUUACAAUCGAUCAAACAUCUAAGAUCCUCCUAAAUAAUAUCAUUGGAGGUUAAGAACAGAUUUCCAAUCAUUAACAUUUUCUGGUUUGAUCUUUUAUCUGCAUAAAUAAAUAAAAUAAA